UUUAGUAAAGUAAUUUUAGUGAUUGAUGUCAACCUAUAUCUAUCUACCAAGAAAUUUAUUUUACCGAUGCUCCGCCGCCGCCCAUUUUUCUUUUCUUUUCUCUCACUGCUUCAUCUUCUUGUGGGGUAUUUGUAGUUUUUCUCCCAUUCUUCUUCUCAGCAAGGAACCAACAGCUCGCUCUUUCUUCUUCUCCCACUUCUUAACUUACAGUCAUAUAUAACUUGUGCUGUUUGCUCUAUGCUCUGGACCUAGACGCGCUUUGACGGGGACCAGCCAGUUGAAAAUCGAUUCCCAGUAGUCCCUAGAAAUGGCUAUCUCGGAGGAUUCCACAAUCAAUUACAAAAUCUCUCCUCCAAAUUCAUAUGGAUCUGUGGUUCUUGGUGGUACUUUUGACCGAUUACAUGACGGUCACCGUCUUUUUCUCAAGGCUGCAGCAGAGCUCGCAAGGGAUUGGAUUUGGAUCGGAGUUUGUGAUGGUCCUAUGCUAAACAAAAAAAAGUUCCCGGAACUUAUACAACCCAUUGAGGAAAGAAUGCAAAAUGUCGUAAAUUAUAUCAAGUCUGUGAAGCCCACGCUGUUGGUAAGCGUUGAACCUAUCGUUGAUCCAUAUGGUCCAUCCAUUGUCGAAGAAGGUUUGGAAGCAAUUGUUGUCAGCAAAGAGACGUUACCUGGUGGAAUAUCGGUUAACAAGAAGCGAUCCGAAAAUGGCCUCUCGCAACUGAAGAUUGAAGUUGUAGAUUUAGUUACUGAGGAGUCUGGGGAUGAGAAACUGAGUUCAUCAAUACUAAGAAAGCUUGAGGCAGAGAAGGCUGCCUCUGCCUUACAACAACAGACAGAAUAGAAACACAAAACCAAAUAUUAUUACUCAUGAAGCCAACAUUACAUUAUCUUGUUUUCUGAGUAUUUAUCAAACUUAUACACAUUAUCAAUUAAUCUUUAAUAUCGAUGUCGAAUCUCUAAUUUAUAGAUAUCUCGAUAUAUUGACAGGAUAUUUUAAUCUUAAUCUUACACGCGACUUCUACACA